CGGCGGCGGCGGCGGCGGCGGCUGCGGCAGCGGCCGGAGCCGGAGGCGGGCGAGGGGCGGAGCCGGGGAGGAGCCGCGGCGGUGGCGGCCCCGGCGGCGGCAGGUGUGGACCGGGCGGAGGUGCGGGGCGUCCACUCCCGCCCCCGCUAGCCGGAGGCCCUGGCUCUGGGGCCGCACGGCCCCUCUGGAGGUGCUUCGCGUGCGGCUUCGACCUGCGCACAACUUGGGGCGCGGCCCGGGACGCGCAGGGUCCACGUCCGGAGCCCGGAGGAGAGAGACGAGCGGCCCCUGUCGCGGCGCCCGCGCGGACCAGAGAGGAGAGACGGCGGCCUGAGGGCGGCGGGGGCUGAGGGGCCCCUGCUUGCCCCCCGCCUCCCCCCGCGAGGCCGCGCGGCGCCUCAGCGCUCCAGCGGGACCCGCAGCCAACACAAUGGGGAAAGUGAAGGAAAUAGCCCAUGAACACUAUGAAAAGGGAACCAGAACCAGCCUAACAUGUAAACUUGGGGAAAUGACAGCUUUAGAAAACAAAACUACAUAAAAGAACACCUUCCAGAAUAGUCUGAGAUGCACGAACGACAAAUAGUCACUAGAGUUGGAGUUUUAUCAAGUCUGCACAGAGAUAAGUGGAAUAUUUGACCUUCACCAUGAGUAACAAGCCUUUCUUUGAAAUUGUGUUGGUGCUGUUGGCUUCUUCCACUCUCUACUCCCGAGAGCUGAAACUGGUUCUUUUCCAACAAAAGAGAGUGAACAGAGAGAGUUUAAAACUCUUGAAUAAAUUGCAGACCUCGUCAAUUCAGCAGUGUCUACCACACAGGAAAAACUUCCUGAUUCCCCAGAAGUAUAUGAGUCCUCACCUGUAUCAGAAAGGACAAGCACUGGCCAUUCUUCAUGAGAUGCUUCAGCAGAUCUUCAACCUCUUCAGGGCAAUUAUUUCUCUGAAUGGUUGGCAGGAAAGCCACAUGGAGAAGUUCCUCAUUGAACUUCAUCAACAGCUGGAAUACCUAGAAGCACUCAUGAGACUGCACGCAGAGCAAAACAAUGACACCUUGGGCAGUGAGAACCUUAGGUUACAGGUUAAAAUGUAUUUCCAAAGGAUCCGUGAUUAUCUGGAAAACCAGGACUAUAGCAGCUGUGCCUGGACCAUUGUCCAAGUAGAAAUCAACCGGUGUCUGUUCUUUAUGUUCCGACUCACAGGAAAGCUGAGCAAACAAGGAAUGGAAACUUGAACCAUGUGGAGAAAGAGCCAACUGCAGGCUUUAAAAGCAUAGGGUAGGUGGAGGGGUGGUAGGAUUUCUCCAGACACUAUUAUUUCUUUUUGUUUUAAAAUGGUAGUAUUGCUUGGUUGUGUGUGUGUGUGUAGAUAUAAAAUAUAUUUAUAUUGAUCUGUGCUUUAAAAUGAUGCACAUUGACUAUAAUUGUUUUUAUUUUCUAAUGUCACUUUGUGUUUUCUAUCCAUCUGAAAUUUUUAUGAGUUGAAAUGAUCAUUAAUAUUUCAUAAUUGCUCUUCAAAUGGGUAUAUUUUCAUAAAAGUUGGCCAGGUAGAUAUAACGAAAUAUGUUGCCACUGUAAUACUUUCUUUAUCAU